GGAAAGGCUCAGUGUUUCACUUACACCGAGCUACACAAUUAACACAAACACGGAAAGAGAAGUAAUCUAAAUAUACAUUUGGAUUUUUAUAUAAAUAUAGGACCGAAUGGCUGUGUAAGAAACGAGACUACUAGCUGGGUUAGCUCUGACUGUCCUUGUGUUGACAUCCAAUACUAGAGACUUCUUGUGUACGGUUGGAUUAUUAAGAAUAACCAAAUAUGUCAGGCAUGGAAGAUUUAACUCUGAGGUGGCGGCAGUGAUGUUCCUCUGUGGAGGUCAGUUUAAGGCCUGAGUCAUGAACUCAGUCACUCCCAGUGCUGCUCAGUAUGUGAGGGGCGGAGCUCUUCAUGAUGACCUCUUUAAUGGAAGAGGACUAUCACCCCCUUCACCACCGCUUUUGGAGCCUUCUGGGCAUUUUAGUAACGGGUUGUUUAAUGAUGUCAACAAAGAUGCGUCCGAAGAGCCAGAUGAAGUGGACCGUCUGAAACUGAAGCUCAUGUCAGCCUGGAACAACGUCAAAUAUGGAUUUUCAGUGAAAACCAAAACCGCCUUUAGCAAAUCAUCCCCGCUGAUCCUACUGGGACAGUCCUGCACACUCAACUCUAAGGAUGAAGUGGAGCGUUUUCGACUGGCGUUCGGCUCACGGGUGUGGCUUACCUACCGGAAGGAGUUUCGUGUGCUGGAGGGGUCCUGCCUGACGUCGGACUGUGGCUGGGGCUGCAUGCUUCGCAGUGGCCAGAUGCUGCUCGCCCAGGGGCUUAUGCUCCAUCUCCUACCUGCAGACUGGAGCUGGCCAGACUGUCCUGAGCUCACAGACGUAGACUUUGAGGUACUGAGACCCCGCUCUCCAUCUCGGCCUGUUGGUAUCUCCAUGCCCUCAUUCAGCACCUCAUGGGGCACAGCGGGACCCCAGAAACGCCCGUCAUCCGCGACAGUCGGCGAGGCAGCAAAGAGACCCGAACUGAGACAGGACGCUCAGACCGAACGGCUUCACCGUAGACUGGUGUCAUUUUUUGUGGAGGAUCCAGCUGCGCCGUUUAGUCUUCACCAGCUGGUAGAGCUGGGUAAGGAGUCUGGCAAAAAGGCAGGGGACUGGUACGGGCCCUCACUCGUCGCCCACAUACUGAGAAAAGCGGUGACCAGAAGCCCAGAGCUGGACAAUCUCACUGUGUACGUGGCUCAGGACUGCACAGUGUACAAAGAGGACGUGGUGCAGCUGUGUGAACAAAGUUCCUCAGACACCAGUAAUUCAGGCUGGAAAUCUGUAAUGAUCUUGGUCCCAGUGCGACUAGGAGGAGAUUCACUCAACCCAUCCUACACUGAAUGUGUUAAGAACAUUCUGAGUUUGAAAUAUUGUAUUGGAAUCAUUGGUGGGAAACCCAGGCACUCCCUCUAUUUUAUCGGCUUUCAAGAUGAUCAGCUAUUGUAUUUAGACCCACACUACUGUCAGCAGGUGGUAGAUGUCACACAAGCCAAUUUCCCACUGGAGUCCUUCCACUGUAACUCUCCCAGAAAGAUGAACCUGAACCGUAUGGAUCCCAGCUGCACCCUGGGUUUCUACGCUCACACUAAACAUGACUUUGAGUCUCUGUGUUCAGCCGUCACUGUCGCUUUGUCAGUGUCUAAAGAGUGCUACCCCAUCUUUACAUUUGUGGAGGGCAGAGGGCAAGAUUACAGCCUGGAGGGGUUCAGUGGAGAAAGAACAAACCCAAGUGCCCACAUCAUCCCUCCUGAUACACUAAGCUGCAACAAAAGGAAGGAAAGUGCUGAAGGCUUUGUGUUUUUGUAAGAACAGCAAUGAAAGUUCUGGUCUGAAAACUAUUGUACACUCCCAGCUGCUGUGGAAAUGAAAGCGACUGGCAGUUUUUAUUUUUGGUACAACUGAACAAGACGAGCUGAACCCAGUCAAACAUGAUGGACUUUUUCUAGCAACAUGGUGCCCGUUCUGGUUCUGGAGCUUGUUAAUUGUACUGUCAUGUUGGGCUUGUGUUUUGGGGACAUUGGGCACCUGAAUCAGUGGAAUUUAUUGAGCUUAAUGUGGCAAAAUGAAUAUGGACAAAUUCAGCACGCUACAGAAAAUGCAUUGCAGUUGCUUGAAGUUUAUUGUUGGGUAGAGAUUGUCAUACAUCACACUGAAAUUUUUUCUCAAACCCUAUCAAUGUACUUUAAAUAGUCACUACUGAUGUGUGUUAUACGUUUGGACAAGAACUAUUAGACUUUCCAAAAUUUUUCAAAACGUCUGACUUGCAAUCAAUGUUCCACUUUCUUUAAAACAUGUCCUUUUUUAACAUUUUUGCUGGCUAAAAAUAGCCGCAGAAUCCUCCACCACUUCUGCUGAUGCCAAAGGUAUUGCCACAGUCACACUGGAACAGGAAAUGUCCUUCAAUAAGUGUAAAGCAAGUAAGUGUGGCUAAACCACCUAACCUUUUUUUAUAUCUCUCAAAGAUAUAAUGUGUGUUUUAUGUGUCUCAAAGACCUUUGGCAAGUUAGGCACACACAUAAAUAAAUAAAUAAAUCAAUCAAUAAAUAAAUAGACAGAUAGAGCGACAGACACCUGGCACCUUGUACAGGGUGUCUUCUUACUUUGUGCCCUUUACCCAAGGAUAAAGAAAUCAAUGAAAAUGAACAAUAAAUAAAACUGGAAGAAAUGAAAAGUCCAAUAACAUCAAAGUAUACACGUAUAAACACAUAUUAAAAUAUAAACUAUAAGGACACUGGAAUAGACACACAAUUAUUUGAUUUAGUUAUUGUUUUUAAAGCCUGUAGUAGCUUUGGUAAAGCAUCUGUAAACCGAUCGCGAGUGUUGAGAUUUAGGGUUUGAAUCUCCAGUUGGGCAUCUGCAUAGACAUGAUUGGCUGAUGUCCAAAGUGAAGAGGGGUGGCAGGAACAGCCUAGCCAUUAAAAGGAGCCCGAAUAAAGCUAGGAAGGUUGAGUCUGGUAUGCGGACCAGAUCCACUGUGGCGACCCCUAAAUAUGGGAGCAGUCAUCCUUCAGCAGUUGAUGGAAUCUGUUCAUUAUGCAUUACUAAACUUCAGUGCCUGAAGCUACAGCUUGGAUUUUAAACUAGUGGAAACAGUAAGAGCGCUCCUAUUCAUGAACUUCUCUGGUGCACUGAAUAAACACUGGCAUGGUAACAGUGGAAAAUGGUGGAAUAUUACAAACAGUCUGGUCAUUUUCCACAUCUGUACUGCGGUACUGCUUGUGUCUCUUUGAAUGAAACAGCUGUAAAUGAUAUUUGGUGGUGAAAACUGUUGCUGUUCUGAACUGGAAAUGAACUUUGAUUAUCCUGAUUGUAACCAAUCAGUUCCACUCUCUAUGAUCUAGUUUCUGAAAUGUCUCUGUUAAAUGUAUAUUGUGCUAGGGCAUUUGAUAUUUUCUUGUCAUGAGGUUUUGGUUUUGUUUGUUCAUUCAGGUCAUGUACUACAUUUAGCAUCUAUUUUGAGUAUUUUGCUGUUUUUUUCUAUUUAUUUUAUGUAAAUGUUAGAUGUUAUGAGAUCAGAGCUCAGUACAUGUUAAAACACUGAAUUAUUCCAGUAUGCUAGAAUUAAAGAUGCUGUCUAAAUUCAGUGCUGUUUAGUAUCUAGAUACUAAAUCUGGAAAUGCUACAAAGAUUUUGCUGUUACUGUUGUUGUAUAUGCAUUUGUGGGUUUUUUUUUAUGUAUGUGAUUAUGUUUUUUACUGUAUUACCUGAGAAUAGACCUGCUGAACUUCAA